UAAAGGCGUACGUGUUGCAAGAAAACAUAUUUGCAAAUAUUCUGUAGCAAUUUUACAUUUGAUCAGUUUUAGUUUCUUGCAACGCCCGACUCGCGCAAAAUCAAAAUUCGCCACCAUUGAUUGCCAAUCGCGUUCCAUACUCAUUUUUAUUCCGACUCCGAGGACCGACAAUCAAAUUUCUGAUAAAAUCUUACAGAAUUUGUCUAGAAUUAUGCCUUAUGCCAACCAACCAACGAUACAGUUAACGGAGCUGACUGAUGACAAUGUGAAGUUCAUAAUCGAAGACACAGAUCUUAGUGUUGCGAACAGUAUCAGGAGGACUAUGCUGGCAGAGGUUCCCACAAUAGCAAUUGACUGGGUAGAAAUUCAGGCAAACAGCUCAGUCCUUCAUGAUGAAUUUAUUUCUCAUAGAGUUGGUCUCAUUCCACUUACAAGUGAUGAAGUAGUUGACAAACUUAACUUCAACAGGGACUGUGGAUGUGAGGAGUUUUGUUCAGAAUGCUCAGUGGAGCUGUCAUUGGACGUGAAGUGUACAGAUGAUCAGACACGUCAUGUAACAUCCAGGGAUCUACUCUCAAGUAACCAGAAAGUCGUCCCGGUUCCAUCAAGAAAUCAAGAGUCAAGUGACUAUGGUGAAGUAGAUGACAUCCUUAUUGUAAAACUGAGGAAAGGCCAGGAGCUGAGGUUACGAGCGUAUGCCAAGAAAGGUUUUGGUAAAGACCAUGCCAAAUGGGUCCCCACUGCAGCCAUCGCAUUUGAAUACGACCCAGACAAUGUGAUGAGGCAUACAGUGUACCCAAAACCAGAUGAGUGGCCUAAGAGUGAAUUCACAGAAGUAGAUGAAGACACACCACAAGGCAAGUUUGAUGGUGAUGCAGUUCCCAAUAAGUUCUUCUUCAAUGUGGAGUCUAUUGGUGCUUUGACACCAGAAAACAUUGUUUUCUCUGGGUUAUCUGUUCUGAAAAAGAAAUUGAGUGAUCUGCAGACCCAGCAUAGCCACGAAGCCCAGGCACAGGCCGAGGGUCUAACCAUUAAUUGAGCUACUUGUAUGGUAUUCACAGGACUUUAUAGAAAUCUUCAAGAGACUCUACGUUUUGAGAUUAACAUCAGUGGAAUGGAAUGGGAAGAGAGAGAGCAAGCAAGAAGGGAAAAUCCAAAUUUUACUGCUAAAAUGAAUGGACAUUGGCCCGUAUCCUGAAAUCGGGUUUAAUUCAAGCUUUGGUAAAAUGUGGUUUAACUAUGGAUAGCCAAUUGUGGUAGGUAUCUCUAUUAACAGUACAAGUUUAGUUUGUCAGCUCAUUUUUAAUUCAAAUCAUUCAUAACUGACUUGGAAUGAUUAAUGCAUACCUGCCAACCAUUCCGAUUUUGGCGGAAUUAUACCGAUUUUUCGACCUCCAUUCCGAAUUCCGAAUUUUAAAACCAAAAUUCCGAUUUUUGGGUUAAUCAAUUUAGUGCUGAAAUUAUUGAAACGGCUGUAUGAUGCAACUAACGCAUGCACGGCUGUAAGAUGCGACUAACGCAUAAACGACAGGAGCGCACGGCUACGCAAAUACACAGUAAACGGCGCACAAACACUGUUAAGUUUGCAGUUCCAUUGCAAAUGCAUGUGAAAAUAACGAGCGCACACGCAACGGCCGCACUUAGAGCCGAUGUUAGCGUUGACUUCCGGAAAAAAAAUGGCAGCUGACAUCGGCUAGCGAAAGUGCCAGUUUUUAGUGAGGACAUGUUUUUACAAUCCACGAACAUCGGAAAAACCGUUAAAAUUUCACUUUUUUAGACCCCUUGUUUCCUAACUACGAUGUUAAGAAUCACCGAUGGUGAUAUUUUUGAUGCGAAAUAUGGUGAUUUAGGUAAGAAAAAAUGACUUUUUAUUUGAGGUAUUGCCCAUGUCGCCGGAUGAUUUUGUAGUGUGGGAGAGUAAGAGAAUGUGUAGUGUACAUGUCUAGAGUGUGUUGGUGAUUCGAUUUCAGUGGUAUAUUAUAGAGUCGGGCUGCGCUGAUUUAACGGCUGCACACCGACGCAGUUACUCUAACUUUUACUAGAUCUAUGAAUUUUAACAUUGAUCUGUACUUUAUUUUUUCGAAUAUUUGUCAAAUUUUUGAGGAAGAAAGGAGAUUUUCAACUAUUGAUCUCAAUUGAGCCUUCGGAGUCGAACACCAAAUCUACUUGCUUCGCUUGUCUAAACUCCCGGCGCCCGCCGAGUUGCUGCGCCUCAGCCUCGCCGGCGCACCGCAACGUGCUGUGGUGGGUGCGGGCCGGGCGGAUGCAGCCGUUAGUUUCGGCUCCGUUUUUGUCAUGGUGGAAAAUCUGCUCAAAUUAAAAAUGUUGAGAGCUCUGGUGAACAAAAAAAGUUAUUCCUUACAGAUUUAAAUGAAAACAAAUCACACCUGAAUGAAACUGGGUGGGUUUUUGUCACAAAAGUGAUAUUUUAAAGACCCUUUUAAAAUUUUUAAUUGAUAAAUUAAAGUCUACUCUACAUGUACCUGUAGGUCAUCCUCUGGUGUGGUAAUGAGGGUAAAUUUGCUUUUAAAAGUGUAGGGAAAUGCUACUUUUACAUGCUGAAAAUGUAAAGAGUCCCUACCGUUGGAGCGGGCCAGACACCCGCUCGGCGCCUUCGUAGUUUUGAUACUGAUUUUUUAUUAUCAAAGGUUGGCAGGUAUGUUAAUGAAAUAGUUCUCAUUAUCAAAACAUGUAGAAAAUGGCCAAGUAAAGAUAGCAAACAUAAGGUGAAUGCAAUUUGGGAAUUUUUGGCUUCCCAUAUUUUUAGCAGUUAGCAGAGUUGGACCAUGGCCCAAGUUAAACAAGACUUCAGAAUAUGGGCCAUUGUGUUUAAGUAUUAUUAGCAUAUACUGGAAUUAUGCCUUUUGAAAGGGAUAUUGAAAUCCAAGGAGCUGUAACACAGUGAAUCUCCUGCCGCAUGCCCAAAUGCAUUGGGAUAGUCUUGAUACUAUACCCAUUCAGUUUCAAAGGCACUGUCACUUUGUUCUAGAUUUGUGGGUGACUGUUUUUGACAGUAUCUCACACACAGUUGCCCCAGGAGCGCAUGCAAAUCUGAUAUGCCCACAAAAAAAUUUGAACAUGCUCAAAACUUGUUUGCGGGCGAGUUCUGGGUGAGUGCCAGCAACUCACAAUGCUUGCACAGAACGAUGUGACAGGGCUUUAAGAUACUCUUUUUACAAAUAAAGAGGAAUUCUUUGAAGCGUACUAUGUGUUUGAAUUGUAGAGUACACAAAUAUUGUGGUAUGAAUUAUGUUGAAAAUAGUGGCAAAAUUUCCCAUCUUCCUAUUUGGUAUGUAUUACAAUACUACAGUACAUGUCCAAAAUGUUGCACCCUGGGUAAGGACUCCGGAACUAAGUAAGUAGUACAGUCUUCAGCUGGUGCUCUUCAAAGUGAAUGUGGCGGACUGACUGUAAUGUUUCACAUCAUUUGUUUUCAGUAAUCAUAUAUCUUAACUCACUAGGCCUAUAUUCAUGAUGGUCUGGUAAUAAUUUAUCGUGAAUAUGAAGCAUCUCUAUCAAUUUGAUCACCUGCUGUUCUGAGGUUUGGCUUCAGAGACAAAGUGAUACAGCCUCUUUGAAGAACAUCAGCUCAAGGCAGAAACCAAAUGUAACAGAAAUUCUUUAAAAGAUUCUAGUAUUCAAAAACACAAAAUCAUCAGCCUUAAUAGGGAAAGUAUCAAAAUAAUUGCCAAAAAUAGAAAUGCUUUUAAAGUGAAUUUCAUGCUCAUGGUUUUGUUUUUGCUUAGUGCACAGUAAGCAGUGAGACUAGAUUCAUUCAUGCACAGAGACUGCUUCUACACACAGAGUUUGAAGUCUAGUCUUGUUGCAGACUACUUGGGUAUAGUCACACAAGCAUAUUCUGUUGAAGAAACUUAUGUCCAUCGGCUUUGUGACAUUAUAUGCCUUGUGCAUACAAGCUCUGUACCUGGGUCGCAAUUUAUUAGUCACACAAAGCAAUGGUAUCCAUCGCAUCAAAUGGUUGUAAAUAUAUUUUCAAGCAAUUGCUUUGCUAUUUCAAAUUCCAUAUUAUUUGUGUCAUUUUUUAACAAGCAUUGGUCAAUGAGGGCUAGUGGUGAAUAUCUGUUUCUGUCAUGUAAAUUUAUCAUGUGUAUGAUUUGUAAAUAAAUUGUUAGAAAAUGAGAAGAAA